AGACAAAAGUAUCCGGUUAUUCCUACUUGGCCGCGUAUCUGUGUGUAUAUAUAUCGACUCUGUAGCUACACUUUCGAGUCUUGAAAAACCCUAGAUCUUAACUGCCUCUCUCAGCCUCUCUUUAAGCCUCCAGCUCCGGAAAGACUUUACUGCCAUGGGUGUCACGUUUUACAACCUUAGCUCUGCAGCUGGCCUUAAGAAGCUUGAUGAGUACCUCCUAAGUCGUAGUUACAUCUCUGGGUAUCAAGCUUCAAAAGAUGACCUUGCUGUUCAUGCUGCCCUUGCAAAGCCACCAUCCUCUGAAUACGUCAAUGCUCUACGGUGGUUCCACCACAUUGAGGCUCUUUUGAGGAUUUCUGGUGUGUCUGCCGAUGGAUGUGGCGUUACUGUAUCAGGGUCUGCCCCUUUGGUCGAAGAUGCCUUGGCAAAUCUUUCUAUUGCUGAUAAGGCUUCUCCUGCUGAGGAGGACGAUGACGAUGACGAUGUUGAUCUGUUUGGUGAGGAGACUGAAGAGGAAAAGAAGGCCUCUGAAGAACGUGCCGCAGCUGUCAAGGCAUCCGGGAAAAAGAAAGAGUCCGGCAAAUCAUCUGUCUUGUUGGAUGUAAAACCAUGGGAUGAUGAAACUGACAUGAAGAAGCUUGAAGAAGCUGUUAAAAGUAUAAAGAUGGAAGGCUUGUUGUGGGGCGCAUCCAAGCUGGUACCUGUUGGAUAUGGUAUAAAGAAACUGCAGAUUAUGAUGACAAUUGUGGACGACUUGGUGUCUGUUGACGAUCUUGUUGAGGAUUAUCUUACUGCUGAGCCAGCAAAUGAGUACAUCCAGAGCUGUGACAUUGUUGCAUUUAAUAAGAUUUAAUCUUUUGAAAUGUGCAAUUUUGGACGGGCUUUCAGUGGUUGAGAUUGGCUAGUUUUUUCUUUUGAUGGACAUCAUUAUUUGCAGUUUGCAAUGUAUGAAUGUUUUAUUUAAUUUGUACCAGUUGAUGGUUAAACAUCUAAGCUUUUUACCCGCAUAAUAUUUAUUUAGAACAUUUUGGCAUGCAA